CGGGAUUUGCACUAGGGGUGCUUCUUCACUGCCUAUACACCACUGCGCUCAUAUAAAGUCAACGGUUCGUCGACAUAUCCUGGAGUGAAGAGUACAGACCAACAAGGAUGGCUGCUCUCCAAGCUGCUCUUCUCGAGUGGGACAUCAACCUUCCCCACCUGGAACAAGGACGUAUCGCACCCGCCGUGGAACAAGUCCGAAAGUAUAUCUAUCCCAGGAAUCUACAUCAAGUCGGGAGCGCAAAACCUCAAAUAUCUCCCGAGGUCAGCCAUGCGUUCGCCAUAGUCAAGCAAUACGACAUGUCGAAAUCAAUCUUUGACGAUUUUUUGGACGAUGUGGAGAAUAAUUUUGAACUGGUAGAGUAUGAUGUGCUGGCAGCUAUAGAACGGUUGGAAACGCCUGCAGAGGAUGACGAUGACAAGCUGGUGCUGCAUACCAUGUCAGGCCUCUUUGAGCGUUUGGCAACAUGGCAGAGAUCAUGGGGUUUGCCUCUACGGGCGUUCCAAGACAACAUAUACGUCGCUCUUUUCACCCGCAAAUUCCACCAUCUUCUUCAUUCAUCCUUCCCCCCUUCCUUCCCCGACCAUCUCUUACGUUUCCUUCACGCCUCCCUCGCUUCCCUCCCUGAAUACCUCACUAACCCCCCACCGCAACACGAUUACCUCCAAUCCGUACGCAUCAACUACCAAAAAGUGCUUCCACCUACACCGCACCUCUCGAGGCUCGGGAUUUUCCCAAGGUAUGCGGGAAGUUUGAGCAAGGUUGCGCAUGAGGAGAUUGAACGGAUAGCGAGGGAGGAAGCGGGAAAAGGAUGGGGGCAAAGAAGAUUAGGUAGGGCGAGGCAGAGGAUUGGGGAUGGUGUUGCGAAUUGGUUAUCAGGGAUGUUUGAAGGUAACGAAGCUGUACAGGGUGCACUACGGCCAAUGUUCUCACGGUUCGACUAUUUCCUGUGUAAAUGCUUUUUUGAUAUAAGAACGGACGAGCUGUUCGACAUUAUCAUUGAUUUUCCCGAUUCUAUGGCUGCUCUUGAAGAUCUCAAAGAGUGUUUAUUCAAAGUCGAUCAACGUUUAGAACUAGUCAACAAGCUCAAUGCUGCGAAUGUUAAACGUCUCCUUCAUCCCGGCGCCGAAACCCACGUCAUCCUAAACAUUUACAUCUCCACCAUCCGUUCUCUCCGUAUUCUCGAUCCCGUCGGCGUCCUCUUACACGCUGUCGCCCUCCCUAUCCGGGAACACCUCCGAAAAAGGCCAGAUACUAUCAAAUGUAUCGUCGAAGCGCUCGUCCAGGGGGAAGAACUGCAAGAUGAGAAUGAGGGCGGGUUAAUUGGUGAAGGGGAUAGUGAAGCAGAGGAUUUUAAUGAUCCGAAAUGGGAACCUGAGCCGGCGGAUGCUGCGCCAGAGUUCAGGUCCGGCAAGACGAGUGAUAUCGUCUCCACGCUGGUCAGCAUAUUUGGUACAAAAGAAGUGAUUGUGAAGGAACUGCAGAAUUACCUCGCGGGGAGGUUAUUGCAAGUAAAGGAUUAUGAUGUGGUGCAUGAAGUGAGGACGAUUGAAUUGCUAAAACUGAGAUUUGGAGAAAGUGCGUUGGCGGGGUGUGAUGUGAUGGUGAAAGACGUGGCGGAUUCAAAGAGAAUUGAUGGUCAUGUCCAAGAGGAGAAAAAAUCUGUCGUACACCCUCUUGUUCUCUCAAAAGUAUUUUGGCCAAAUAUGCCCCGGUCAUCCCUCAAACUGCCGUCGAAAUUACAAAAGAUACACGCCGAAUACGAAUCCUCAUUCCACAUAUUCAAACCUGACAAGCACCUCCGCUUCGUCCCCCACCUUGGUACACUCUCACUGACCGUCACCCUCUCCGACCGGACUGUCACAGUCGACGCUACGCCUCUGCAAGCGUCGAUUAUGGAAUUGUUUGAGAAGCAGGAUGUAUGGGCGGUAGAUCAGCUCGUGAACAAGUUGGCAGUGGGGAAAGGAGAGGUGGGGAAGGCGUUGGGAUGGUGGGCGGAGAGAGGAGUGGUGAAAGAUGAGGGGGCAAAGGGAUGGAGGUUGCUCGAGUUUGCAGAAGAGGAAUUUGAGGGAGAGUAGCAUUACUAGGGUAUGUUUUGAUAACGAUAACAUUGUUGUGCAUGUAUAACGAUCUGC